UUUAAACUUUUUGUCCAACUUCUACAUUCAAUUUCAUCACACCGCUUCGACUGACUACCUAGAAGAUACUCAGGGUUUAAUUUUGAACAGUAAUAUUAUGGGCGCAGCUAGUAGUUCGUGUUCGCCGUGCUUAUGCCGGGAAAGACGUGAUUUACUGGAAGAGGCAGCCGUCGGUCAACAGCAGGAUGUUUCGCUAGUACAUGUACCAGCAGUGGCUAGCAGAGAAGAGCCUAAAGCUACCACACAACAGCAAGUUGUCGUGCAAGAGCGGAAAGUUAGAACCAAGAAAUUGAAAAUAGUUGCCGAACAAGACCCAGAUAUCAUAGAAGAGCUAGAAACUCCCAAACAAAAGCAAUUUCUUAACUUUGAGCAACUCAUCAAAGAAGAGGAAGAUAAUAUCGAAGAAGAGGAAGAUAAUAUCGAAGAAGAGAAUAUCGAACAAGAACAAGCGGUCAAAGAAGAAAAGACCAUAACCAAGCCACAUAUUGUUCAUGUCCAAGUUACCGCAGAAGUGCAUGUCGAUCCUUCAUCAGUCACCACUGAAGAAAGUCAAGAUAGUACAAGACAAGAAGAGGCUGCUGGUUUACAACAAAACCUUCCUUGUCCAGGCACAAACGAUAACGAAAAUAGAACGGAUAACUUUGAAAUCGAAGAAAUCUAGCUAGACUUCUUAUCUCAGCUAAUUGAAUCGAUUCUAGAAACUAACAAAUUGUGCAUGCAUGCAGACAUUAAGCAGUGCGUAUAUUUUGAUGUUAGUUGCGCGAAAAUAGAAAGUUGCAUUCUACAAAUAUGCAGU